UGGAGAUCCGGCUCCGGGCCUUGGGGCUGAGGCUGGGGGUUAAGGUUAGGGACUGGACCUGUGAUUUCACCGGUAGAUGGACCUCUUUGGUGAAGGAGCUGCCUCCAUCAAUGCAGGUAUUUUGUACUUCUAGGGAAGAUUUCAAAAACUUUUUGGUUCUUCAAUGACUUCCUUGGUAGCUUAUGAUGAUUCUGACUCUGAGGCCGAGGCCGACAAUUCUAACAGUUCUUGCCAAGAAAAAAGCAUCAGAAACCUUGGUCAGCCUUUACCACCUGACAUAUUAGCUACAAAGUAUGAAAAGAACUCACGACCUAGGGGAGACAACCUGAAUACUGGUUUGGGGAUUGUUGGGGAAUAUUCUAGGGUAUGUGGUCUCCUAGAACCUCAUGCAGAGAGAAACAGCUGGAAGUCUUGUCCAGGGCCUAGACGCCAGUGGCCUAACAUGGAGCUCCAAGUCAAACCCUGUACAUCCACACCUUCAGAUUUCGCCGCAUCUCCCAGCUCCACAUCAUCUGGCAAUAGGGAGUUAGCUGGUGCAUCUAUUAGCAAAAUGACGCCUUCAUAUGAAGCUUUCAGAGUCCCCAGCUCAUCUUCCUGUGCUUUCAUGUCUUUGGAAGCCACAAGUCAACAUGGAAGCCUUUUGCAAAAGAGAAGACAGGAGAACAUGGAUUUUGUUGAAGGAAAAAUUAAGCCUUACGUCCCCAAAAGACUGAGACAAACACAAACUUUGACUGCAGGAACUAAUGAGAGAGGAGGAUCUGAGCUACAAAGACAGAGAACAGAUUGCCCAUCCUCGUCAGAAGGAUUCCCCAUGAGAGGAUUCACAGCCACAGCAGUUUCUGACUUUAUUAAACCAUAUUUAGAAGGGAAAUAUAAAUCAACAGAAAUUCCAAAGAGGCUAAUCUUUCAGAUGUCUGAGCACACAGGACCAGUCAACAGAGUCCAGUGGUGUCCAGUUUUACAGCACAGUCACAUGCUUCUCUCAGCAUCUAUGGAUAAAACUUUUAAGGUGUGGGAUGCCAUUGAUACUGGUCGCUGUUUGAACACCUAUUCCUCUCACAGCAGUGCUGUCCGUGCUGUGCAGUGGUCCUCGUGUGGAAGACAGAUCCUCAGUGGCGGCUUUGAUUCUGAGCUUCAUGUGACGGAUGUUGAAACAGGGACACAGUUGUUUAGCUGCAAAAAUGGAUUUAGAAUCAGCACUGUGAAAUUUAAUCCAAAGGAGCCUAAUGUUUUUCUUUGUGGAGGAUUCAGCCCAGAAAUUAAAGCUUGGGAUACGAGGAGUUGCAAGGUAAUCAAAGUCUACAAAGCUUCAAUCCAACAAACCUUAGAUAUCCUCUUUCUUCGUGACGGAAACGAGUUCCUGAGUAGCACAGACUCCGUCAGCCGUGAUUCUGCCGAUCGCACCAUCAUUGCGUGGGACUACCAUAGUGCUGCCAAGGUCUCUAAUCAAAUCUUUCAUGAGCGGUUUACCUGUCCUAGUCUUGCUCUACACCCUAAAGAAUCUAUUUUUGUGGCCCAGACAAAUGGAAACUAUAUGGCAUUGUUUUCAGCACUGAGGCCAUACCGGAUAAAUAAAAAGAAACGUUAUGAAGGACACAAGGUGGAAGGCUACGCUGUGGCCUGUGAGUGUUCUCCGGAUGGGGCAGUGUUAGUGACUGGCAGUGCUGAUGGCAACAUCUUUUUCUACAAUUAUCAUAACUCAAGGAUCAUUUGUACUUUUCCUGCACAUAGUCACGCAUGUGUUGGCACUACAUUUCACCCAGUUCUUCCUUCUGUUCUAGCAACGUGUGACUGGAGUGGGAAGAUUAAAGUCUGGCAGUAA